UCCACAACUCACAUCUCCCAUCUCCAUCAACACCACCCAUCAACGCCACUCAUCAACACCACCUUUCACCAUCACCAAACACAUCCACAACUCUCGCAAUGGCUCGCACUAAGCAAACCGCCCGCAAGUCUACCGGUGGCAAGGCGCCCCGAAAGCAGUUGGCCUCCAAGGCCGCCCGCAAGAGCGCCCCCUCCACCGGAGGUGUCAAGAAGCCUCACCGCUACAAGCCUGGUACCGUCGCUCUCCGUGAGAUCCGUCGCUACCAGAAGUCGACCGAGCUUCUGAUCCGCAAGCUCCCCUUCCAGCGUCUGGUUCGUGAGAUUGCCCAGGACUUCAAGUCGGAUCUCCGCUUCCAGUCGUCGGCCAUCGGCGCCCUCCAGGAGUCGGUCGAGUCUUACCUCGUCUCCCUGUUCGAGGACACCAACCUCUGCGCCAUCCACGCCAAGCGUGUCACUAUCCAAUCGAAGGACAUCCAGCUGGCCCGUCGCCUCCGUGGCGAGCGCAACUAAGCCGCACUAUUCGGCGCCUUCUCUUUAGUUGCCGCGGCGGAUGGAAUCAGACGGACUUGACUUGCAUGAUGAUUCACUCUGGGUUGGGAUGAUGACACUCGGGUUUUUACAGGACAAUGGUUAAUCACUGGCGUUAGAUGAUGCGUUUUGCUGGCAUCCAGAGAUAUGGAUUUGUACAUCAGUGCUAUGGCAUACGUCACCACGCGGUGCCGUUCAGUGAAUCUGAACACAUGAACAACA